UAACACAGGAAUUUUUAUGGUAGUAAUAAAUGUGUUGAUGGUUUGACGUAUAGGUCCUCCUUAUUUAAUACAUAAUAAACAAUGACGGGCUCUGAUUCGUCUAAACGCAAAAUAUCAGCUGAUGAAGAUGCUGAUCAAGGUGUAAAGAAGCGUGUUGUUGGUGAUCCUUCUAAUGACGUUGAGGUAUUACUUGGGAAAUCUCGCGUUACUGAUGAUGAAUUUAAGGUUAUUCUUGCCAGGGCCACGGCUGAUCAGCGCCUUCGCUUUAUUCAGCGGCAGAUUGGUCACUACUUGUCUAACGAGAACUUGAGCCGUGACAAUUUUUACCACCAGAAGUUUCAAGAGGGUUCAUCUAAGGAGGGCGUAGAGCACGUGAUGGACCUUAAGUACAUUUUGAGUGCGAAGCGUAUGCUUGACAUUAAGGCUACUGCUGAUGAUGUUAAAUCCGCUCUUGAAUCUCACCCUAUAACUGGUAUAUCGAUUGAGGAGAUAUCUGGCAUUGUAUAUGUCAAGAAGAGUGACGGUUUGCCUCGUUAUGAGGGACGCAAGUUAUUUGAGAAGAAGCGGAAGUUUGGUGAGACAAAUGACACUUACCAUGCUGCUGGUCCAAUUAUAUUUAUUUCCAACAUUCCUUCUAGUGUACAGGAGUGGCAACAGGUUAAGGAUGCAUUACAGGAGAGUAAACAGAUUCGCGUUCGAUUCAUCUCUCCGAUUUCUGACAGUGGUCACUGUUUCGCUUGGGUUUGCAAGUCGCCUGAGGCUUUAGGCAUCGUGAAGGAGUUAUCGCCCGUUAUUGAUGGCAAUACGCUGAGCGUUUCGUUGGUUGACACUGAUGAAAAGUACAAGGAGUUUAUUGCUACCUUGAAGCCUAGCAUUUUAAGUUCACGUAACAAGGACCUUCAGCGCGUCCAUUCUGAGAUUAUGUCAUCUCCUUUGGAUAUAAACGGUUUGAUAUUGCGUAACUUUGGUUGUUUGCGUCCUCUGUUGAACGGUUUGCUAGAAUCUUCUGACAAUGGUACUAAGAUACCGUUGAAAUCCCAGGCUGGUAUAUUGUUACAAUUUGUUCUUGACUUUCAUCCUCGCAAAGCUGAGAAGCUGUGCGUGAGUCAGCGUUCUAUUUGUGGUUUUGAGGUUGCCAUGGGUACUUUUAAGGAAGGUUCCAAGAAGAAGUGUUUUUUGGUGGUUACUCGUGAUAAUUCGAGUGGUCAUGAGUACAAGGAGGACUUUUCCAUUAGCAAGUGCUUGGAGUGUCUUCGAUUAAAGGCGCACACGAUUCCUAAAACGGACAAGCGCGAGUUUAUUAAAUCGCUAUCGGUAUCAAGUCCGUAAUUUUGUUGGUUGACAUUUUGUUUAAUGCUACUGGAGAAUCU